AUGGCGUUGCGGCUUGCAUGCGCUGCCUGCGUGCUCGCGGCGGUGGCCGAGGGUGUCACCAGCGGGCUGCGAGGCGAUGGCGAGUCUCCGAAGUGCUACGACACCGUCGAGGGGGAGCCGUGCUACAAGGCUAUCCAGUGGGCUCAGAAGAAGGGCAUGUGGAAGAACCCCGAGUGGUACGUCGAAGUCAAGAACCCGCUCGACGAGGCUGAGAUGCAGAACUUCUUCUUCAAGCAGCGCAAGCACGACUGCAUGAGGCCCUGCAGACUUGCGGUCGAGACCACCCCGGCACCCGAGGGCAAGGACAAGGACGGCAAGAAGGACUGGAAGUCGUACUUCAAGUGA